AGGAAAAUAGAUAGAACCCUUCCAAUGUCGAAUUUAAUUGCGCGGAAAAGUAGGCAACUGUUAGACAACUUAUAUCAGCUAAAACCCCUGCAGAAAACUCGCAGACAGAAGAGAUGGGACUCCGUCGGGACAGCUUGGAAGUGGAUCGCAGGUAGUCCAGACGCAGAGGACUUGCGAAUCAUUAACAACACCUUCAACGAGUUAAUCAACGAGACCAACAAGCAGAUACAGAUCAAUCAUGUUAUAAACGAAAGGAUUACGAAAAUCUCGGACACAGUGAAUACAUUGAUCGAUCAUCAUACAACUUUGAACACCAUACUACUGAAGGAUAUAGACGCAAUAAUCUUACUUCUAUCCAUGGACGCAACAAACAAUAUUCUCGAAGACAUCGAAGACGCCAUUCUACGAGCCCGAGUUUCAUUACCGAACAGCAAGCUACUAACAAUCAAGGAAAUUUUUUUGAUAGAAUCUAUUCUCAACAAGCAAGGAAUUGCGACAAGGUUUCCUGAAGACGCACUUAACUAUGCCACCCCGAAAAUAGCCAGUACCAAUGAGAUGAUGCUCUACAUUCUAGAACUUCCACAGACGAAUGGAGAUUCUUUUUACAACAAACCAUCCAGAAAACGCCGUUCAGCAACUACACGAAGCAAAACCAUUCAUCGACUCUUGUGUAUACCCGAUAAUUAUGGGAAUGGUAAGCCACUGCAACGCAACGACUACAAAUCAAACGAAUCUUUAACUCUUAUCAGGAAAUAG